UUUUUUUUUGUGGGGGAGGAAAAAGUACGGGAUUGUAGUGAAGCGAUCCAUCGUUCAUACGGUCGGUCGUGAUGGGAAUUUCGACCCGUUGAGUGGGAGAGGCCUUCUUUCCGUUUCUCCGAUUCUUCCUACUUCUCUUUACGAGUUGAUUUUUUCUUUAACGAGGAGAAUUUGGACGCGGUUGAUUCUAGUCUCUGCUGCGGCGAAACGGUGGAGGGAACGCACGAUCCAGGAAUCACGAGGAGGCGGGCUUUGGCAGGUCACAAAGCCGUGCUUCGCUGGUUUUCUGUGGCGGGAGAGGGGAAAAAGGAGCGGGUGCUUCCCAGCGCUUUGAGCGAUCUGCCGUCGUUAGCAAGGAAAAUUUUCGGCAGCCGAGACCGAGAAGGAGAGUGUCUUACGGCUGAUUUUGCUACAGAGAGCUUCCUGGCUUCUUGGGCAAGGUCGAUCCCCAGUACCCGGACUGCCUCACUGGAGCUCUGCCUCGUCCGAGAUCGUUGGAGAAGGCCAGACAGUUGGGGGUUCGUUGCUGGCUACGAAGAGCAGAACGUCACCGGAUUCGUAACGGAAUCGGGAAAGAGGGGUUUCUGUCACUGAAAGCUCCACCCAAGUGGGUAGACUUGAAUCUUCAGUCAGUACUUGCAGUGCUUGAGAGUUUGAGAAGUUCAUGUUCUUGGCCUAAUUUAUAGUGCUUUAUAACUAGAUCCACCGCCAGCGUGGGAAGGGGAACUCCUAAAGAUGAGGAGACUCAAUUCGAGCCUGUCAGACACAGCUCUGGAAUGGGUGAUGCCAUAUUUGGACGAUCCAGGUGACCGGAGCUCGGUUUCUCUCGUUUGCAAGAAGUGGCACCAGAUCGACGCUCUGACGAGGAAGCAUGUCACGGUGGCCACGUGCUACUCAACAUCCCCAGUGCGUCUCCGGAGCCGCUUCCCGAAUUUGGAGUCGUUGAAGAUCAAGGGAAAGCCCCGAGCGGCGAUGUUCGAUUUGGUGCCGGAAGAUUGGGGUGGGCGCGCCGAGCCAUGGAUCAGGGAGAUAUCGGACUCUUUCCACUGCCUAAAGUUUCUCCACCUUAGGCGAAUGAUCGUCACGGACGACGAUCUCGGCAUGUUGACUCGGGGACGCAACCAUAUGCUGCAGGUGCUUAAGCUAGAUAAGUGCUCGGGGUUUUCCACCAAUGGACUCUUGGAGGUUGCUCGUUCUUGCAGAUUUUUGAGAAAUUUAUUCUUGGAAGAAAGUAAAAUUUCUGACACACGGAAUGGUUGGAUCCGUGAGCUUGCGCUAAACAACUCGGUUUUGGAGGUUUUGAACUUUUACAUGACAGAUCUGAAUGUCAACAUACAGGAUCUGGAAUUGCUAGCUAGGAACUGCAGGUCCUUGGUCUCUUUGAAGGUUAGCGAAUGUGAAAUUCUGUAUCUUGAUAACUUCUUUCGGGCUGCUGAGAUGAUAAAAGAGUUUGGUGGUGGUUCUUUUAAUCAAGUUGGAGAAGGUAAUAUAUAUGAGAAUGUGCAUUUUCCUCCCAGUUUGUCUGCUUUGGGCCUCAUUUUCUUGAGCAGGCACAAUAUGUCAGCUAUUUUUCCUUGCGCUGCAUCGCUCAAGCAGUUGGAUCUGCAGUACACGUGUCUCGACAUGGAGGACCAUUGCCAGUUGAUCCAACGGUUUCCCAGCUUAGAAGUUCUUGAGGUGACAAAUAUUAUUGGGGAUAGAGGAUUAGAAGUUGUUGCUCAACACUGUAGAAAAUUACGCAGGCUUAGAGUUGAGUGGGAUGAUGAUCAGGUUCCGCUGCAUGAACAUGUAAUGGUUUCUCAGAGAGGUCUGUCUGCAAUAGCUCGAGGCUGUCCGGACCUAGAAUAUUUGGCUGUAUAUGUGUCUGACAUAAGCAACGAAGCAUUAGAAUGCUUUGGGACAUACAGCAAAAACCUGCACGAUUUUCGCCUUGUUUUGCUUGACAAGCAAGAGAAAAUUACAGAUCUUCCACUUGACAAUGGUGUUGCAGCAUUACUUCAAGGUUGCCAGAAGAUCAGAAGAUUUGCGCUUUAUCUGCGACAUGGGGGGUUAACAGACGUUGGUCUUGGAUAUAUUGGAAGACAUGGUACUAAUAUCAAGUGGCUACUGCUAGGCUAUGUAGGCCAAACAGAUGCCGGACUCUUGGAACUCUCUAGGGGUUGCCCAAGCCUGCUGAAGCUUGAGAUGAGAGGCUGUUUCUUCAGCAUGCGUGCACUAGCUCUUGCGGUGACGAACUUGGUGUCGUUGAGGUACAUCUGGGUUCAGGGUUGCAUGCCGUCAGGGCAAGGCAAUGAUCUCCUUCUUAUGGCUCGCCCCUUCUGGAAUGUUGAAAUUAUACCCACAAGGCAACCUGUUCCUGAGUUCGCGAGGACUGCAGAAGAGGGUGCUGAGCAACCUGCUCAGGUUUUAGCAUACUAUGCGCUUGAUGGGAGAAGAACAGACUUUGCUGGUACGGUUAUUACUUCAUAACUUUCCAUCUCUGCUUGGUGGACAGUUGCUUUCAUCCAAGAACUUGUAGUGCACUGUGAGAUCUUUCACAUUGGAACCCUAAAUUUCUCCUUAUGUAAAAACCAUUGUUUGCAUGGAUGCAUAAGCCUGUGUACUGAAAACGUAGACGCAUCCGGUUCCUGUCGACAUAAGAAUUAUGCUCUUGUUGAACGAGGGUGUCUUCUUGUUGACGCCGACUUUGGACGUUAGGUGUAUUAAGUUAGCGUAAAUUUAUAAGACUGUUUUGAGCGGGUGCUUUUUCUGUCA